UGUAGACUUUUCCACUUCAUUUGGUUUGAGGCUUCGUCGUUGUUAUUAUCCAUGCCAUCCUGGAAAACCAAAAUGAUAGCCUAUAGAUCCAUAAUCUGAUCUCCAAGUCUAAUCUGGCAACCUCGUUCCUCUGACUGAUGGGAUUGGAUCGUCUGGGAUUUCUGUGACUACAUCAGCGUGACGUCAUCAGCUCGGUCCAGUAUUUAUGAUAAGAGCAGAAGGCCAUGUAAUGAGGAGUUAGAUGUGUGUGUGCGCGCGCGCUGCAGAAGUCGAUCAGCUGAUAGUUUAGUUGUGUGUCUGUGUGAGAGUAGAUUGGAUUUUCUGCACUGAGACGCGGUUCCACAUCGAGUUUUUUUUACAGAAACUUUGUCGGUAGUGUCUGUAGUGAGGCGGUUCUUGACGAUGCACAUCGCGGCGGAGUUUUGCGUGAUGUGCGUGAAGGUGCUCUGGUCGUUCGCGGCGGCGGCGGCGCGGUGGCUCGUGAAGCCGCAGGAGAAGCGCGUGCAGGGCCGCGUGUGCGUGAUCACCGGGGCCGGAAGUGGACUGGGACGCCUGUUCGCGCUGCACUUCGCCCGCAGAGGUGCCACGCUCGCGCUGUGGGACAUCAACCGCACCGCCAACGAGGAGACCGCAGAGCUCGUGCGCGAAAUCUACCGACAGAACACCACCGACACCGGCACCACCUGCACAGGUCCGGACGACAGGGUUGAGGAGUUGCCCGCGCUCCAGCCGCGAGUGUACACGUACGUGUGUGACGUGAGUAAGCGUGAGAGUGUGUACGCCACGGCCGAGCAGGUGAGGAGAGAGGUGGGAGACGUGACGUUCCUCGUCAACAACGCCGGCGUGGUUUCAGGACAUCACCUUCUCGAGUGUCCCGACGAACUGAUCGAGAGGACCAUGAUGGUGAACUGCCACGCCCACUUCUGGACCACGAAAGCUUUUCUCCCGAAGAUGCUGGAGUUAAACGAGGGACACAUCGUGACCGUCGCCAGCUCUCUGGGUCUCUUCACCACGGCCGGGGUCGAGGAUUACUGCGCGAGCAAAUUCGGCGCCAUCGGCUUCCACGAGUCCCUGAGCCACGAGUUAAAGGCGGCGAAUAAAGACGGGAUCAAGAUGACUCUGGUGUGUCCGUUCCUGGUCGAUACGGGGAUGUUUAAAGGCUGCGAAAUCAGGAAGGAGAUCGCACCGUUUUUCCCGCCGCUGAACCCGGAGCACUGUGUGGACCGAGCCAUGAGAGCCAUUCUGACGGAUCAGCCGAUGGUGUGCACGCCGCGCGCCAUGUACGCUGUCACCUUCAUGAAAACGAUUCUGCCGUUCGACGCCAUCGUGUGCAUGUACCGCUUCCUCGGCGCUGAUAAAUGCAUGUAUUCCUUCCUGGCUCAUCGGAAAGAAUCCACCAACAACAACGAGUCGAAACUCAGCAUGUAGUCACUCUGGAUGCUCUGUGAAAUGCUCGCCGGAUCGACACGUCUUCUAACAUCUCUAACGCUCUUGUUCAUCUGGAGCAAAAAAUUCAAACUGUAACGACACGACCCAGAAAUCUAUGGAUCUUGUUAAGCUGCCUUCGCAUUUCCGUUUUUAAGCUCGAUAAUUUCAUCAUCUACAGGUUAUUAGAUAUGUGACGACAUUACAUUCGUUUAUGUCCUGAUUAUUACUUAUAUUAAAAAAAAAAAAGAAAA